AUGUCUUCCCCUAAGCUUCCAAAAUUAGAUAAAAAAAUGAACAUAGAAGGUUAUUAAUUACUAGAACUUCUUGGAAGUGGCAGUUUUGGAAAGGUAAAUGGUUGAAUUAUACUAGGUUUUUAAAGCUAAAUCUUAAAAAUAUGGUAUAGUGGCAUUAAAAGCAAUGCUUAAAAUAAGAUUCUCAGAGCAUAAAGGGUUUUUAGGUCAAUUAGUUGAAAAUGAAAGAAAAGCACUCGAAUGCCUUAAAUCUGAUCAUAUUAUAAAAUUAUAUCAGUAUUUCGAAACCAAAGAUUAUGCUGUUUUUAUUUUAGAAUAUUGUGAUGGUAUAUAUCAUUAUUUAUAUAUUUUAGGUGGCACUUUAGAGGAUUAUUGGAUGAAUUAAGAUAACGUUAUCCCUUAAUUUCAGGCUUUGAUUUUUUUUAAAUAAUUGUUAAAAGGAAUGAAGGCAUUACACAAAGGAAAGAUUAUUCAUAGAGAUUUGAAAAUGGCCAAUAUUUUAUUACAUUAAGGUAUUUUAAAAAUUGCAGAUCUUGGAUUUUGCCAUCUAUUAAAGGAAUAAGUAUUAGUUUUAUUUUAUUUAAUAGGAUGGUUUAGCUUAUGACAAUCUAGGUUCAUAUGGAACUAUGGCUCCAGAAAUUCUUGAAAGAAAACCAUAUGGACUUCAAGCAGAUAUGUUUGCUGUAGGCGUAAUUCUAUACCAAAUGUUAUUUUCUAAAUUUCCUUUUAACUCAGCCAAUCAUCACAUUUUUCUUGAAGAAGUCAAAUAUUCUAGUAUUUGAAACUUAGUUCAUAUUAGAUCCUCCUAAAUUUAAAUCUAAAAAAGGUCCUGUUGACAAAAACAUUUGCGAAUUAUUGACAAAUAUGUUAAAAUAUGAUCCAAAACAACGUUUAAAAUGGAGUGAUUUAUUUAGUAAUUCAAUUUUUAUGGGACAAAGUUCAAGUAAAUAUUUUAAAUAUUUAAGUGAGCAUAAUCAAAGAUCACACAUAAUAUUUUGCUGAUAUUGAUCCUCAUAAAAGCAAAUUAUUUUAUCAAAAAGCUGAAGCUAAUGAAAAGUAAUUUGAAAUUUUAAAUCCAACAAAUGAUGAGUAAAUGUAAGAUGAAAUUUUUAAAACAAAUCAUAAAAUUUAGGAGUACAUGAAUUAAUCAAAAAAAAAUCAUAAUUCUGAUGUUGUUCCACCAGUUAAUAUAUAAUUAAAAGAUAAUAUGUUGCAAUCUGAAGUUCUACUUCAAGAAGCAAACACAUUUGAUUAAAAAGCUGAGGAUUCAAUAAAGUUGUAUAGUAAAGCCAAACAGCCUAUUUCUUGUUUAAGUCUAACUUAUAAUAAAAUGAAAUCAUUUUAGCAUAAAUAAAUAUUUGACUCCAUAUUUGUGAGCUACAUUUUGAUUAAACAAAUAUAUUACUAGCAUUAUAAAUUAAGGGCUUAAAUCAAGGAUGAUAAGUUUUAUCCUUAAUUGAUAAAAAAAAGCAUAUUUAAAUCUUUUAUGAGAGAAUUUGAAGAAGAAAAUGAAUUUCUAUCAAUACAUUUAACAAUGGAAUAUCAAACUGUUUAGUAUUUAUUUUAGUAAGUUUAGGGCUAAUUUUAAUAAACUUGAAAAAUAUCUCAAGCCUGAUUGGAUUUGUGAAGUUUAUUAACUAUCUUAGACAAAUAAAUUUUAGAAUAUUUAUAGAGAAGUACUAUCAAAUUAUUUAAACAUUAUUGGAAAAGAAGAAUUAUAAAAAUAAGGGGAGCCAAAUGCAUAGCGUUUACAAUAUAUUGCAAUGGUGACUAAUAUAAAGGAUUAUGAAGAAUUAACUACGAUUAGUAAUAUAGAUAAAGGCAUAGCUGCUAUCGAAAAUAGGGACAUUAAUGAGUUAAUAGAACAUAUAAAAUCUUCUAUGAUAUGA